AUGGAGACACACCAGGAAGCUGUCCAGGCAAUAGUAUCCAGAGUCUCAUCAUUCUACGAACGAAAAGUCCCGUUUCGACUAUACCAUGCUUCCACCAAUACAACUCAGACUCGCAAGGUUGACCCCAAUACCGUUGUCGAUACGUCCAAAUUGAAUCAUGUCUUCAAUGUGGAUCUCGAAAAGAUGACCUGCUUGGCGGAGCCGAACGUGGCCAUGGACGAAUUGGUUGACGCUGUGGCUCCCUAUGGCCUUCUCCCACCCGUUGUUAUGGAGUUUCCUGGGAUCACUGUUGGUGGAGGCUUUGCAGGCACAGCAGGCGAGAGCAGUGGUUUCAAGUAUGGCUUCUUCGAUCGGAUCGUAAACUGGAUAGAGAUGGUUUUGCCGAAUGGAGAGAUUGUGAGAGCAUCGCCCACUGAGCGAGAAGAUCUAUUCCAUGGAGCUGCAGGCAGUUUCGGGACCCUGGGAGUCGCAACGCUUUUCGAGCUCAGGCUUAUCAAAUCGAAACGCUACGUUGAGAUGACCUAUCACCCUGUCAAUACCAUUGCAGAAGCUUUGACCAAGAUGGCCUCCGUUGUUAAUGAUCCGCUUAACGACUACGUUGAUGGUAUACAAUACGGUCCAAAGAAAGGUGUCAUUGUGACUGGAAGAUUGGUGGAUGAACCGUCCCCUGGCGUCAAAGUGAAGAGCUUCAGCAGAGCAGCCGACCCGUGGUUCUACAUUCAUGUAGACAGAACGACUGGCAGUAGCUCUGCAGAGAUCAAGGAGGCCACUCUUGUCAAGGAUUAUCUCUUCCGUUAUGACAGAGGCGCUUUCUGGACUGGCAAAUACGCUUACCAAUAUUUCCUGGUGCCAUUCAACAGGAUCACGAGAUGGGCCUUGGAUUAUUUCAUGCAUACUCGGGUAAUGUAUCACGCGCUGCACGCCUCUGGGCACGCCUCCAAGUACAUCGUCCAGGAUCUUCUGCUCCCACGAGGAGGAGUCGAAAAGUUCGUCGACUUCGUCGACACAGAGUUUGGCUUUCAGCCAUUAUGGCUAUGUCCUCUCAAACGAGGCGAAGAAGUCCCACUCCAUCCGAAGCUGGCACCAGAGCUGACAUCCGAUGACAAAGCUGUCUCAUUUGUCAAUAUUGGAGUUUGGGGUCCUGGUUCGACAAACUACAGCAAGUUCAUUCAGGAAAAUAGAAGGCUGGAGCAGAAAGUGCGUGAGCUUGGGGGUAUUAAAUGGCUUUACGCUCAAGCCUUCUACACAGAGGACGAGUUUUGGUCAAUUUACGACCGCAAAUGGUAUGAUGCUCUACGGGAGAAAUACCACGCGACAUAUCUGCUGGAUGUGUACCAAAAGGUUGCGGUCGACUUGACCAAAGCUUCCGGCAGAUUCGAUACUUCGACAUGGACUGGCUGGGCGAAGAGCAUAGUCUGGAACGUCUGGCCUGUAAGCGGUGUCUAUGGUGUCUUGAAGACGCUGUACCAAAGAGAAUACCUGCUGGCGAAAUAA